CAGACAGUUUGCAUCGUGCUACAUAGUAGCGUUUCUCUACGACAUAUUAUAGUGUGACACCAUUUGAACAACGUGACCUUCUCUUAUUUUUGGACAAGCAUGAACGUCGCGACGAGUGAACGAAACAAUAUAAUAUAAGACUCAAAAUGUAGAUUACAUUGUACUGAGUGUAAAUCCCGGGUUGAUGACACCCUUUAUUCCGUUUAAUUCCUUAAAGGCAAAGUUUCGUCUGUAUUUCCUCUCGUUCAGUACGUCGCUGCAGUUAGAUAGAGUUUAUCACAAUGUUACGUCUUUUCGCUAACCCGGCUUGUUAUGAACUCUGGAAAAUCAGUUUCUCUUUGGCGUCCCGUGUUACAAAAAGACAAGUGAGAACCUCUCUCCUCGGCAGCAGCGCCGGUCCCCACCGGCCACACAUUUCCGCUGGUCACCUCAGCACCGGGAUCCCGGUGUGGAAAGAUGCCCUCCAGCCAGAGAGCGACGACCCCAAUGAGAUGCACACUCUGGAUCUGGACAAAUGGAAGUCUGUAAUGAAAGCCCGAGCCGCGCCAGAAGAGAGGCGGCAAAGCGACGAGGACGAGGAAGCAAGUGCCGAGGGCGAACAUCUCCAAGAACAAGGCGUUGUUUCAAAAGACAUUUCAUCACUCGAGGCCACUCGCGACCUGGUCGCAAUGUGGCAGCAAGCCGGCAAAACGGUGCCUCAAGAGAUGACAGACGAAGAGGUUCAGACGCUGUCCGAGCUCACCACCAAGUCCUCCAGGAGGAAGUACCUGAAGUACCUGGCCAUCAGGGAGGGCCACAAAAGGGCCCGUAAGGAGAAGCAGCUGCAGAAGAAGACAGCGAGGGAAGCCUCGAUGGAGCAGAGCAGAGGACAGGACGGUGAUGCGGAGGAAGAGAGAGGACCCGAUCUCAAAAACCACUUGAUCAUGCAUUUCUGGGAUCGCUCCAUGGACAAGCUCCAUGCCUGGAGGACCGCCCAGGCCAUGGUGUUCGGUCAGCCACUGGUGUUUGACAUGAGCUAUGAUUCCAACAUGGCCAAGCGGGAGUUGGAGAACACGGUGUCCCAGCUGAUGGAGGUGGAAGGGUGGAAUCGGCGCGCCACUGACCCGUACCACCUCCACUUUUGCAACCUGCAGGAGGACGGAGCGUACAAGAAAGAGCUGAUCAAACGAUACGGCACGGAGGCCUGGGACCGCCUGUUGGUCACCAGCACUGACCAACAGCACGUGGAGCAGUUCCCCCGGGAGCGUCUGGUGUACCUCACUGCAGACUCCCCCAACGUCCUCCGCACAUACGACCACUCCAAGGUCUACAUCAUCGGAGCCCUGGUGGACCGCUCGAUCCAGUCGGGCUUGUCGUUGGCCAAUGCGAAGCGUCUGAAUCUGGCCACGGCGCGUUUACCGCUGGAUGAGUUCCUGCACUGGGAGGUGGGAGCCAAAAAUCUGACUCUGGACCAGAUGAUCCGCAUCAUGCUCACGUUCAAGGAGACGGGGAAAUGGGAGGAGGCGCUGAUGUUCGUGCCUAAGAGGAAGUACGAUGGCUUCCACCAGCAACGGACAAAGAAAGACGGCGCCAACCACAGAGGCAAAGGAGUCUCAUAUCACAGACCGGAUGGUGGCAGGCCGCUUCGAUCUGAAGAAAGAUAUAGUGAGAGGAAAUUUAAAUUUGAGGGCCAAACUCUCCCCAGGCCCUAUCAAGAGUCUGGGAUCAGUGGGAGCGACCGGUCGGCUGGACGACCCCACGACAGAGGAAACAAACCAGCUGCAACCAGAAUACGGACGUCGCUUAAGAGCACCAUGGGGGAGAAAAAAGGUGCUGGCAAAGGCACGGUGUGGUGGGAUGACGAGUAAAGUCUAUACAAAUUGUAACUUUGGAGGAUAAGGAUGUGUCUGUUUACAAGUAGCAUCUGAGAAAAUGUCAAAACUUGAUGGUUAAAAUUGUUCUCGAUCACCGACUGCUUUAUUUUGAGUUCCAAUGCAAGGUAAUAAACAAGAAAAGAAUAAGACAUUAAAAAAGGUGGUAGG